GAAUCAUGUGACACAACGGAGACGACGCAAAAAACAUUCACCCGUUCACCGCAGACACACCGUCAUAAAGCCGUUUAACAGAGACGGCAACAGGCACUUGUGAGCCACUUGGGUUGAAACGCCUUAUUCCUCAAUUUACAAUGAAAUGAAGGGAACAUGGGGGCCAAGGAGUCGAGGAUCGGAUUCCUGUCGUAUGACGAGGCUGUCAGGAGAGUUACUGAUGUGGAACUGAAGCGGCUGAAAGAUGCCUUCAAGAGAACCAGCGGCCUCUCGUAUUACAUGACCCAGCAGUGCUUCUACAGAGAGGUGCUGGGAGAUGGAGUUCCCCCCAAAGUUGCCGAGGUGAUCUACUCCUCGUUCGGAGGCUCUUCUAAAGGCCUUCACUUUAACAACCUGAUGGUGGGUCUGGUGCUGCUGACCAGAGGCCGUGAUGAGGAGAAGGCUAAGUACCUCUUCAGCCUGUUUGCGAGUGAUCUGGGGGGAUACGCUGCCAGAGAGGACAUUGAAGCGGUUCUGCAGGUUCUGGAUGGAGAAGUCCCAACCUCCCUUAAAAAGUGCUUUGCUGAGAGUGACAAGGUGAACUACGAGCGCUUCAGGAACUGGCUCCUGCAGAACAAAGAGGCCUUCACUCUGUCCCGGUGGCUGCUGUCUGUAGGAGUGUGUGUGACUCUGACGGAUGAUAGCGACACACCCACUUUCUACCAGACUCUGGCCGGCGUCACACACUUGGAGGAGUCUGACAUCAUAGACUUGGAGAAGCGCUACUGGCUUCUGAAGGCUCAGUCCAGAACCGGUCGCUUUGACUUGGAAACCUUCGUCCCGCUGGUGUCUCCUCCCAUCCACGCUUCACUGAGUGAAGGCUUGUUUCAUGCCUUUGAUGAGAAUCGGGACAAUCACAUCGAUUUUAAAGAGAUUUCAUGUGGACUCUCCGCAUGCUGUAGAGGGCCCGUCGCUGAACGACAGAAAUUUUGCUUCAAAGUGUUUGAUGUGGACCGGGAUGGUGCUCUGUCCAGAGACGAGCUCCAUGAAAUGGUUGUGGCCCUGCUGGAGGUGUGGAAGGACAAUCGCACCGACACAAUCCCCGAGCUGCACAGCAGUGUGUCGGACAUCGUGGAGGAAAUCCUGAAGACGCACGACACGACCAAGCUGGGUCACCUGACCCUAGAGGACUACCAGAUCUGGAGUGUGAAGAGUGCUUUGGCCAAUGAAUUCCUCAACCUGCUCUUCCAGGUUUGCCACAUCGUGUUGGGGCUCAGGCCAGCUACUCCUGAAGAGGAGGGCCAGAUCAUCAGGGGUUGGUUAGAGAGGGAGAGUCGACAUGGACUGCAGCAAGGUCAGAACUGGUUCCUGAUCUCCAUGUUGUGGUGGCAGCAGUGGAAGGACUACGUUAAAUAUGAGCAUAAAGGCAUCGUGGUGGAACAGCCGUCCAUCCUGAGCUCACUCAGAACCCCCAUGGCCACAGCCACCGUAGAGCCCGCCCCACCUGACAGACCCGGAGGUCUUGGAGUCUUUGUCCUCUCCAGUCCCUCCGAGGAGGAGUCUCCUGAUGCUGUGUCCACUGCCUCUGAAGCUACAGAAACAGCCCUCAGCCCUCAGCUCGCCCCCUCAGCUACAGAGAGCUGUUUUGCUCGUCAGCACAAUGUAUCUGACAACAACAACCAGUGUUUUUCCGGAGCUAACGGCCACCUGCCCUCCCAGCUGACAGCACAAAGACCUGGAGCCAUCGACAACCAGUCUCUGGUCACCACAGACCCCAUGAAGGCCCCUACGUUAACAAUGGAGGGUGGGAGGCUGAAGCGCUCCUUGCAGCUGGUGCCUGGCAGAGACUUUGAGACGGUGCCGGAACCAGUGUGGCGGGCCCUCUACCACUGGUAUGGUGCCAACCUGAGCCUGCCACGGCCGGUAAUCCUGGACAGCAAGACAAGCCAAGCCGAGCUGGAGCUCUUCCCCCGCUACCUUCUCUUCCUCCGCCAGCAGCCAGCCACGCGCUCCCCCCAGUCCAACAUUUGGGUCAAUAUGGGUAUGACCAGCCUGCGAAUGUUUCCACCGUAUUUACCCCCACCAAGAGCAGGAAAUGUCCCAUCUCCUAACGCUCCACUGAAGAGGAUGCUGGCCUACACCGGCUGCUUCAGCCGCAUGGCCACCAUUAAGGACAUCCACCUGUACCUGUCCCAGAGGCUCCGGAUCAAGGAGGAGGACAUGAGGCUCUGGCUCUACAACAGCGAGAACAACCUCACCCUUCUGGAUGAUGAAGACCACACACUGGAAAGCCUGAAGAUCUACGAUGAGCAGCAGCUGGUUAUUGAGGUGAGAAACAAAGACAUGAGCUGGCCUGAGGAAAUGUCUUUCAUCGCUAACAGCAGUAAAAUGGACCGGCACAAAGUUCCUACGGAGAAAGGAGCCACUGGCCUCAGUAACCUUGGCAACACCUGCUUCAUGAACUCCAGCAUCCAGUGUGUGAGCAACACCAAGCCUCUCUCAGACUACUUCCUCUCAGGGAAACACCUCUACGAGCUCAACAGAACUAACCCCAUCGGGAUGAGAGGUCACAUGGCCAAGUGCUACGGUGACCUGGUGUUGGAGCUGUGGAGCGGCACGCAGAAGAACGUGGCUCCACUCAAACUCCGGUGGACGAUAGCAAAGUACGCCCCACGCUUCAAUGGCUUCCAGCAGCAGGACUCUCAGGAACUCCUGGCCUUCCUCCUGGAUGGACUCCAUGAAGACCUGAACAGAGUCCAUGAGAAGCCUUAUGUGGAGCUGAAGGACAGCGAUGGUCGGCCAGACUGGGAAGUGGCAUCUGAGGCGUGGGAGAACCACCUGCGCAGGAACCGCUCCAUUGUGGUGGAUCUGUUUCACGGUCAGCUUAAGUCCCAGGUGAAGUGUAAGACCUGCGGUCACAUCAGCGCUCGCUUUGACCCCUUCAACUUCUUGUCUCUACCCCUGCCCAUGGACAGCUCCAUGCAUCUGGAGAUCACUGUCAUUAAACUGGACGGCUCCACGCCGGUGCGCUACGGGCUGAGGCUGAACAUGGAUGAGAAGUACACUGGGCUGAAGAAACAGCUGAGUGAGCUGUGCAUCCUGAAGCCUGAGCAGAUCCUGCUGGCUGAGGUCCAUGCCUCCAACAUCAGGAACUUUCCUCAGGACAACCAGAAGGUUCGCCUGUCAGUCAACGGCUUCCUGUGUGCCUUUGAAGUUCCGGUACCGGGUUCACCAACGUCUUUGAGCUCGCCCACGCUGACAGACAUCACCCCAACAGCCAAUGGUUCUGCUGCUAACGGGCAUCUGGCCAAUAACUCCAUCCUUAUCCCCAACGGAGGACCUGUCACCAUGGUGUCCUCCAGGUCAGACUCCCCUCUGAUGAACGGGGUUGCUAACGGACACAUCACACCUGUGCAGGAGAGCCCCUUUAUUGGAUACAUCAUCGCCAUGCACAGGAAGAUGAUGCGCACAGAGCUGUACUUCCUGUCGUCUCAGAAGAACCGACCCAGUUUGUUUGGAAUGCCGCUCAUUGUUCCCUGUACCGUCCACACCAGUAAGAAGGAUUUGUACGACGCCGUCUGGAUCCAAGUGUCUCGCCUCGCCAGCCCGCUGCCCCCGCAGGAGGCCAGCAACCACGCCCAGGACUGUGACGACAGCAUGGGCUACCAGUACCCUUUCACCUUACGAGUCGUUGGGAAGGAUGGGAACUCCUGCGCCUGGUGCCCCUGGUACCGGUUCUGCAGAGGCUGCACCAUAGACUGUACAGACGACCGAGCAUCUGUUGGGAAUGCUUACAUAGCUGUGGACUGGGACCCCACCGCCCUGCACCUCCGCUACCAAACCUCCCAGGAGAGGAUUGUGGAGGAGCACUGCAGUGUGGAGCAGUCUCGUCGAGCUCAGGCUGAGCCCAUCAGCUUGGACAGCUGUCUGAAAGCCUUCACCAGCGAAGAGGAGCUGGGGGAGGACGAGCUCUACUACUGCUCCAAGUGUAAGACCCAUCGGCUGGCCACCAAGAAGCUGGACCUCUGGAGGCUCCCGCCCAUCCUGAUUGUCCACCUGAAGCGCUUCCAGUUCGUUAACGGUCGCUGGAUCAAGUCUCAGAAGAUUGUCAAGUUCCCGCGGGAGAAUUUUGACCCAAGCGCCUUCCUGGCUCCCAGAGACCGGGAUCAUCACUCCCUCCACUCCUGCAGUGAGAGCGAAGACCUGCUGAGAGUCGGGGAGGACAACCUGUCCUCCAUCUCUGCUCCAGCUGGCUUCUGCAACUUACCCAAAGUGUCGCCUGCCUCCAGCAGGAGAUCAGCACCUUCUCUCAGCCGGACCAGCAGCCCCUCCGGCAGCCCAAAGACAGGUGGCCGCAGACCGGGCCGGUUACGUCUGCCUCAGCUUGGUAGCAAACAUCGGCUCUCCAACAGCAAGGAGAACCUGGAGGGAGCUGCUAAUUCUCAAUCGGAGUCCAGGGAAAGUGGGCCACUGGCAGACGUGGAGGCAGCAGGUGCGGGUCUUACCGGGUCGACAGAGCAGUUGGCGUCAGAGUCAUCCUGCGGCACCGAAGCAUCCAGCAGCCAGUGUGACGUCGUCCUGAUGAACGGAGACAGUAACGAAAUGGGCUCAGACUGCAGCAUAGAGAGCAGCGCCGACGCUGAUGGGUCGCUGCCACAGCACAGGGACAACAUGUCUCUGGACGCCAUCUACAACCUCUAUGCAAUCUCAUGCCAUUCAGGAAUCAUGGGAGGGGGCCACUAUGUGACGUAUGCCAAAAACCCCAACGACAAGUGGUAUUGUUACAACGACAGCAGCUGUAAGGAAGUGCAUUCUGAAGAGAUCGACACGGACUCCGCCUACAUCCUCUUCUACGAGCAGCAGGGAGUCGACUACUCCCAGUUCCUGCCAAAGAUUGACGGCAAGAAGAUGGCUGACACCAGUAGCAUGGAUGAAGACUUUGAGUCGGACUAUAAGAAGUACUGUGUCCUCCAGUGACCGCUGCUCGUCUUCCACUGGUCAGCACUACACGGCGCUCUGAGCGGAGCCGGCCCCUUGGACUCAUCUGAUGGCUGCUGGAGGACGGUCCUCUCUGUCACAGCACUUUUUAUUAAUGAUCUCAAAUAUGGAAUAGUGAACAGGUUAGUCCAGGCUGUGGUGACACCCCCCCCCCCCCC